AUGAAGCAAGUGGUAGUAAAUGUUUUGUGUCCUUUUUGUAAUGUGGUGGAGGAAUCUAUCUUUCAUAGUCUAGUUCAAUGUAAUUUUGUUCAAGAAGUUUGGAGCAGUUUUCUGUUACAUGUGAAUGUUGGGGUCGUUGGAGGCUUUAGGGAUUGGUUUGACGGGCUGUUUCAGAGAUUUGAUAAGGACAAGUUGGGGAAAGUUGCAGCGGUUUGCUGGGCUAUCUGGGGAGCUUGGAACAAUCUGGUGUGGAACCAAAAAGGAACUAAUGUGGAUGACUUAGUUACAUCAGCUAUGUUAUGCCUUGAACAAUGGAUUAAUGCUCAAGAUCGAGAUAUAAAUGUCUCAAUGGAAUUAUUCUUACCAAGAGACGGGAGUGAGCAUUGGAUUAGACCUCAGGCGAGUAUAGUCAAGGUAAAUGUUGAUGCAACUAUCUUUACUGAUCAUGUGUGCUAUAACUAUUAUUAUCUGGUGACUAGAAAUUCAGAUGGUGGUUUGGUGGAAGCAAAAUCUGUGUGUAAUCUUGGGCAAAUACAACCUGAGGUGGCCGAAACUAUUAGAAUGAAGGAGGCUUUGAAUUGGAUUCGUGGCCAACGAAAGAUGAGUUUUAUUGUUGAGACAAUCUUCCUUGGCUUGAUUCAAGCUCUUAGGAGCUCAUUACAGAUGAGUUCUUAUUUUGGGGUGGUUAUUCAAGAUUGUAAGACUUUACUUCCUAGUUUGCAUAAUGUUUCAUUAUUUUUUGUUAAAUGCUCUGCGAAUAGAGUUGUUCAUUACUUGGCAAGAGCAUCCAAUGUCAUUUCUGAGCGUAGUUUUGGAGAGAGUACUGCUCUCUCUGAGUUUAGUGAUGUAUUGCUAAACGAUAUCUCACUACACCAAAAUGUCCAUUUUGUGUCAGUCAAACGUGUUGAUUGA